GGCGCGAAACAUAGAGUUUGGAUUGGGAACUGCUUUCUACUAAUUGUAAACGAGCCGAUGCUGAAAGUAAUUUUUUUUUUUUUACCAAAGUUGACUCAUUUAUCCGGGUCGAAAAGUGGGAGUGACUGCAGAGCUGGAAGAAAUAUAUCUCUAUAUUUUAAACAACUAUUUUCGUCUAUGCUGCUGCCAACUGACGCCAGAGGACAGGAUGCCUUCACUGACUCUUAGGGGAGUGACUGUGAAUUUCCCUUUUUCUCCGUACGAAUCUCAGAAGGCAUACAUGAACAAAGUAAUCGAAUGUCUUCAGGAGAAAGUCAAUGCGGUUCUGGAGAGCCCCACAGGCACAGGUAAGACUUUGUGCCUGCUGUGCACCACCCUGGCCUGGAGGGAGAACUUCAAGGACACCAUGUCUACCUGUAUGAUGGCAGAGAUGCUGGGCCAGGAGAUGUUUCCAAACACACCUCUGUCUUCCUGGGGGACAGCUGACGGUGACAAACUAACCUACUACACUGAUGUCCCCAAGAUCAUAUACGCAACGAGGACACAUUCUCAGCUUGCACAGGUUAUUAAUGAGUUAAAGAACACUUCAUACAGCCCAAAGGUGUGUGUGCUGGGCUCAAGAGAGCAGUUGUGUAUUAACCAGGAUGUCAUGUGUCAGAAGAGCAACCACGUCAAAGUUCAUAUGUGCAGAGGAAAAGUUUCCACCGGGUCAUGUGUCUACUACAAAAAAGUUGAAGAAAAGAGCACUGAUAGAGACUUUGUUAGUUCUAUCCUUGAUGUGGAGGAUUUGGUCCAAUUUGGCAACAAGCAGAGCUUCAUCUAUGAGGUGUUCGAAAAAGCUAAUCUGACGUUCAGCAGCAAGACAGCAGUCUUUGAAGCUCUGGAGCACAUCAUUGGAUACCUGGCACAACAGCCAGGAAUAUUUCUCAAUACUAGUGGACUCCAGAAGCUUUCUGAUAUCAUACAGCUGGUAUUUUGUGGUGAACCAUCAGAAAAGGAGAAACAACACCAGAUGGAAACCAACACGGCUCAUUUUAAGGUUCAUAUCCAUCGAAACACCAGCAUUCACUCAAAAAAACCUAGUGUUGAUAUGUGGGCUUCAGGUUCAUCCAAAAAGCAAGGAAAUAUUCUGAGUUACUGGUGCUUCUCUCCGGCCUUCAGUAUGCAAGAUCUGGUGAAUCAAGGCAUUCGCUGCAUCAUUCUGACAAGUGGUACCCUAUCGCCCCUGUCUUCUUUCACAUCUGAGAUGAGAAUAGAAUUCCCAGUAUGUCUGGAGAACAGCCAUGUGAUUGAGCGCGACCAGAUCUUUGUGGGCGUCAUUGCACAAGGCCCAGAUGGAGUGCCCUUAAGUUCAGCGUUUGAUCGAAGGUUUGUUCCUGAAAACAUGGCAUCUUUAGGCAACACUGUUGCCAACCUGAGUCGUCUGGUUCCUCAUGGACUCUUAGUAUUUUUCCCUUCCUUUCCUUCAAUGGAAAAAGCAUUGGAAUUCUGGAGGGCUAACGGACAUGCAAACCGCAUUGAGAAGUUAAAGCCCAUGUUUGUUGAACCUACAGAGAAGGGCACCUUUAAUGAAGUCAUUGAUGGUUAUUACACCAAAGUCAAUGAUCCCCGAUCCAAAGGAGGAGCCUUCUUUGGUGUGUGUCGAGGGAAGGCGAGCGAGGGUCUGGAUUUUGCAGACAUGUUUGGUCGGGGUGUCAUCAUUACUGGCCUUCCUUUCCCUCCAAAAAAAGACCCUCGAGUUGUCCUGAAAAUGCAAUUUUUGGAUGAGAUGAAUCAAAAGAAAUCUUUAGGGCAAAAGUACUUAUCAGGGCAAGAGUGGUACAGACAGCAGGCUUUCAGAGCUGUGAAUCAGGCCAUUGGUAGAGUGAUUCGUCACAAGGAAGACUAUGGAGCGAUCUUCUUGUGUGAUCAGAGAUUUAAAAAUGCUGAUACCCGGGCCAUGCUUCCAUCGUGGGUGAGGUCUUAUGUGCGCCUCUAUGACAGCUUUGGCAGUGUCGUCCGUGAUGUCUCUCAGUUCUUCAGGACUGCACAAAAAAUGAGGCCUGUGGUCGGGAAGAAGGCUCCAGCACACAACCACGAGACUGAUUGUUCACGAGACACUCAGUCCUCCAGUUUCACUUCUCGCCGCUACUUGCAAACUUCUCACACCCAGAAGGCCAAGGUGUUGGACAUACACCUUCCCAGCUUGAAGAGGAGGAGACUCAAUGAGAAGAAUGGAGCCAAUGACAUGGCCAGUUUCCUUAAUCAGUAUGAGGUGCCAUACGAUAACAGGAGACCACUCAACCUGCUGGAUGCUUUGGAGCAAGCCAACAAUACCAUUGAAGAGGACAAGCGAGAGCAAAAGAAGCUGGGUGUCCCUGAGGAUUUGUCUCAAGAACGUAAAUCCAGCAGGGCUAAGAAAUUCCUGGCGGACAUGAAGAAGUCCCUGAGUCAGGUCUGCUGUCACCGCAUCAUGCGGGCCCUGCACACCUACGAAAAGACUGACGACCUGGAUCACCUGCUGACUGAAACCGCAUUUUUAGGCAAAGACGCUAAUACUCAGAGUCUCCUACAUGGCCUCUGCCAGUUUGUUCGCCCACACCACAAAAAGAGGUUUGAUGAAAAUUCCCAGGAGAUGGCAAAACAGGGCUGUGGAUACAAACCUGAUCACACCCUGUCCAAGGAUGGGAAGAAGACAGUAACGCUGCAGAACGACAAGUCCAAGUAGUUUGGAGAUGACAUUUGGGUGGAAGAUGUCAGACUGGCGUAUCACCUCCUCCAGGAUGUCUGCUAUUCCAGCAGAGAAGAUGACUUGUCAUUUGAGGACAACUUUACAAAAAUGUUUUCAACAUUCAAUAAAAUAAACCAGCCAUUCAGUGACUCCCGUACCUCAGCUUGGCUUCAGAGUCGUG